AUGACUCAGGUGGGGAAUGAGAGGUGGGGGUAUAAUGUGGUAGUAAAUGCUUCAAAUCAGAUUAGUUCUUUCACAUCAAACAUCUACCCCAUUGAGCUACAGCAGAUAGUUGAACCGAACAGGCUUCGAAUGAACAACCAAGAUCUUAUUUCAGUUCUCUUAAACUCCAGUGUUACUAUGGAAGUGCGCAUUAACUAUGGAACCAAUCUCACAUACUUGUGGAAUUUUGGUGAUGGCACUGUGAUGAUUGGGAACAGGAAAGAGUUUCACAGUUACGAUAGAGAAGGAGAAUAUACAGUUCAAGUAAUCAUCUCUAACAAUGUGAGCUCUGCCUCACUCACUGGCCAGCUUUUUGUUAUUUCUGAAAAUUGCCAACCACCUCCAGUGAAAAGCUAUGGUCCAUCAAAAAUAGAGGUUAGAAGAUAUCAGACCCUCAAGCUUGGAGUUACAUUUGAGAGCAAGUUUGUCUGUAACAUCUCCAGAGGUAUUCAGUACAGCUGGUCCUUCUUUCAAUCAGAUGGUUCGCUGGCCACAUUAUCACAGGUUGAUGUUAAUAAACAGUUUAUACUCAUUCCAGGCUAUCUAUUGGAUUAUGGAAACUACCUUGCAAUUGCCCGGGUUCAAAUUGUUGGCAGUGUGGUUUAUAACAACUAUACUGUAAAUGUUGAAAUCCUUGCUACCCCACCAGUGAGUCUCAUUUCAGGUGGUACACAGCUCUUCAUGACCUAUAAUCAUGACUCCAUCAUAAGUUUGAAUGGAUCAGAAUCAUAUGAUCCAGAUUAUCCAGGCACUGCAGACCUCAGAUUUUCCUGGGCUUGUGAAACAGUGAGUGGUCUAAAUGUCCCUUGCUUCAAACCUGAUGCGCCAGAUCCACUGAACACAACAGCCAGUAUGGUCAAUGUCACAAUGUCUGCAUUGAAAACUGAGAUUGAUCAGUUUGUCUUCAAGUUAACAAUUAACAAUAAGAAAAGAUAUUCUUCAGAAGCACAGCAGUUUAUAACCAUCAAAAAUAAAGACAAUUUAAGACUGGUGAAAAUCUACUGUGCUGAAUGUCUGAAUAAUUCCGUCAACUGGAACGAAGCAUUUUCUGUCAAAGCUGUGUGUGAGGGGUGUUCAGAAACUUCGAACCUUUCAUAUUCUUGGAAGUUAUAUCUUGUGAAUUCAACCGAAACAGAACCUAUUGAUGUUCCAUUUUGUAAACUUGUGGUCGACAAUUUGCAGUCAAGUUUAUAUGGCCCUAUUGUGACUAUGCCACCUUCAUCUGAUGUGACUUCCAGCAGCCAGACAUUAAUAAGUACUGCUAUGAAUAGGACCAGCAUUCAACGAGCUCAGUCUCCAACCAGCCACAUCAACAAAGGCGGUCUUGAUACUUGGAUUCAAAACAAUCCUGACAAUGCGAUCAGUAGUACUACAGUUUCAAGUCGCCCUGUUGUUGCAGUCAACACCUCCACAAUUAGUGCGACAAACAAAAUAAUAGGAACCGCUACCUCACAAAAUCCAUUCCCAUUUCCAAUGCCAGAGGAACAGAUCUUCAAUGGGAGGCCUCGUGCAAGGCUUCCAAGAACUGCCAUGUCAGCAAAUACUUCAUUCUCUAAUGCUUCAGAUUUUAUCCAAACUUCGAAUGUAACCAGCGGUCAGAACUUCUCUUCUAUUUCAGAGAGUUUACAGAUCUCAGCAAUUCCUGUUACGUCUCCCAUUAUAAAUAGCGUAGAAAGCAAUGGAUCACAGCUUCACCUCUCAGAGACCAGCAUUACCGAAAAGGGAGCAAAUGUCAGCAACAGCACCAAAGUGAACAAUAGCGGAAGUGUCUUCGGUGAAGGUUCUUCAAACACAGCAGAGAACUCCACUGAUUAUUCAGAGUAUGAUACACAUUAUAACACAGUAGAAGGAACCUCUGGAUCUGGUGGGAGGCCAGGAUUUCAAGGAGGUGGAUUUAGUGGGAGUAAUACAGGUAAUGGAGCUGGUACAGAUCCAUCUGGAGGAUCUACUUUUGGAUCAGAAGCAGGAGAUGGUGAUGAUGUUCUUCCAGACAUGCAGCCUCCACCCGCAUCAAGACCGAGCCCCAUGAUAGAGUGGACUAAAGUGGCUAUUAAUGAUAUGAAGUUUGAAACUUACACAACAACAGGUAUAAAAUCACAGAGUUUAACAUUUCAACCUUUCAGCUUGAAAAGUAAGAAGAUUUACAUGAUAGAAGUUAUUGUUGUAGGAGAUCAGAGCCAAACCGGAAAAGCACAACUUUUUCUCUUCAUAAAUGAAGCCCCCCAAGGAUUGUCAUGUGAAGUGCGCCCCAGCAUUGGAUCAGAGAUUCUGACCCAUUAUAGCAUGUUCUGUACUUCAGGCAGGAAGGAUCUGCAUUAUAAGUAUAGCUACAGCAUCGGCAAUUCAACUGAAACAGUCCUGUAUGAUGGAAGGGAUCAUGAGUACUACUUUAAUUUGCCUGCUGGUGAAGCAACUGAUGAAUAUAAAUUGACAAUCAACACUGUGAUUACUGACCUUCUCGGAUCUAAAACCAAGCCAUGUCCAGUUACUCCAGUUGUUUUACCAAGUAUUAAAACAGAUGAAGAACUGUAUACUCAGGGUCUUCAGAACCUUUCAAUUCUCAUGUUGUUGGGAAAUCAAAAAGAAACAAAAAAUUACAUUCUAUUGCUGACCAGAGUGCUCUACCGUCUCCAUAAGGAAGGGUAUAGUGCAAGAGAUUUCCAGAAAUGGACAAGAAAUGCAUUAAUUCAAGCUGUUUGCAGCCUAACUAUAUCUGGUCAGAGGGAGCUCAUGGAAACGGUAUCUGUAUUGCAUGACCUUGUUAAUAUAACUGAUGAGGUAACUUUGGAAAGUGCAUUAAUUGUUACAAGAGCAGUCAAAAACAUGAUCAAACUAUUUAAUGAUUCUGGAGAGUUCAGAAUGCAUGAAGAAUUGGUGAAGAAAAUAGUCUUUUUGGUUACUGAUGUAAUGGGUGUAACUGACAACGGUGCAGCAACAUCGAAGAGUUUGCUAUUUGAAGGUUUGGGAGCAACGACUGAACUGUUAUUGAGGUAUGUGUUAAUCAACAAUCAAUCACAGUUUUACAUGAACACCAACUUAAUGGAGCUUCGGACCACUCAAAACUAUGGUUUUCAGAACGCCGUUGAAAGUACACAGUCUGUGAAGUUUUAUCUUCCUGAUCUUCUGGAUAAGCAGAUUUCUGAUGAAAGAAGUAGUUGCAUCAUAAGUCAUCUGAUCAGCUUCAAGCAGAAUCCAUACCCGUGGGGAAUGUCUCCAGUGGAGAUUAAUGGUGAUGUUGCUGACCUGACUCUGUAUAACUGCACAAACAGGCGAAAAAUCAAAGUAAAAGGGCUCAAAUCACCAAUUCUAAUUGAGUUUAAAAGGAAGGACGCAAUUCAGGAACAGUUUUCAGUAUACUUGCUACUUCGUACGCAAAUGAAUGUUCAUAUCUUGCCAGUGACACUGGCAAACAUACAGCAAGCUUUGCAGAUAAGAGUGAACUUCACUCGGCUUAACCAGCAAGUGUUUCCUAUCAUGCUGCUAGUGAGGUUCAACAAAGAACCAACUCCAAGUAAAUACAACCUGAAACAAAUCCAUUAUUGGGCUGGCGAUACAGUACACUUAUUUAUUCCGGCAUUAUCACUUCUAGGUGUAGGGACAUAUUACCUUGGUCUCUUAGAUGCUAACUAUAAUAGAAAACCGAAAAAUACCUACCUUGCCAAUAAUGUGAGUUAUACUGUGAACGUUCAGUGGACCCAGUGUUUGUACUGGGAUGAUAACCGAGAGUGGAAAUCUGAUGGCUGUUCACCUCAACAGGAAUUAGAUUCAGAGAAUAUAAACUGCAGUUGCAACCACAUGACAACUUUUACAGUUGCACGUAAGGAGCUUGUGAUGAAGGAUGUCCAAUUCACAGAUAUCUUGACCUUUAUCAGUGUCUUCGAAAACUAUGCCACUUGCAUCACUGUGCUAUUUGCCCUUAUCUUAUACAUUCUGCUGGUUAUCUUGUGUAAACGCAUGGAUUUUUCUAUUGAGACAAAACCUGGACUUACAGUAUUGCAGGAUAAUACUCCUACUGACCAGUGUUUAUACGAGAUCAUUGUCGAGACUGGCUUCAGGACGAGAGCUGGGACUACUGCAAAGGUUUACAUCAAACUUCAUGGAGAAGAUGGUGUUUCUGAAACAAGAGAGUUAUUUCAUGCUGAGAAGCGAUUAUUUGAGAGGAAUUCCAGACAUACAUUUAUCAUGAGCAUUCCAGAGAACCUUGGUUCUAUUUGGAAGGUUCACCUUUGGCAUAACAAUGGUGGCCAUUCACCCAGCUGGUAUGUCACCUCCGUUAUUGUCAAGGACCUGCUUCAUGGCACAUGCUGGUUCUUUCCUGCUGAAUGCUGGCUCGCGGUCGAGGAAGGGGAUGGAAAAGUUGAACGAGAAUUAAUCUCACUCACCCAUGGGCUUGGCUUCAAAAGACUUCUAUACAGCAAACUAACUGACUACCUGGAAGACUUCCAUCUUUGGGGAUCAGUGUAUAGUCGUCCAUCUUACAGCUCAUUUACUCAUACUCAACGCCUCACUGUCUGCCUUUGCCUGCUGUUGGGUUACAUGUGCCUGAAUACCAUACUGACUUAUCUGAAGAAUGAGGAGUACACAGCUGAACUAGGUCUCAUUGAUGUCUCCACAACCUCCCUAGUUACUGGAUUGAUUACGACUAUCGUGGUUCUGCCAAUUGGGUUGUUGCUAUCAUUGCUAUUCAGGUUUAGCAAGGUAAAAUCGCUGAGAGAAGCUGCUAUUGAAGAACAAUAUGUGACUACAAGAGAAUCUAAUGUGUAUUCUGUUGAAGCACAUCGGGAUGCUGUUCUGACUUCGGACAGUGCAUUUGAAUCCUACCUAUCUUGGCAGAAUCUUCAGCAAUGGGCACAGAAAGUGUGGAGGAAAAAAUAUGAGCGUGGUUUACUGGAGUCACAAUCUCCCAGUGUUCACUCAGGGCGCUACAGUGAAAGAAGCAACAAGGACAGAAAUUGCUUGUCUGAGGGCAGUUCAAGUGGAUUUGAGGACUGCAGCUCACAGGAAAAUGCCAAACGAGUGCCAAAGGAUUCCAAACACAGUACAAGUGACUUGCAAUCAGAUUAUUCAUCAGAACACAGCAGUUUGUUUGAUCAGACCGUGAUGAAUAGAGCCAGAUAUUUUCUCCCAACAUGGUGCAAUUAUCUUGCCUGGGUGAUCUGCCUUUUAAUUGCUUUUGUGUGCAUAUUGACAACAGUCCUGUUAGGACUACGAUUUGGACCAACUAAAUCGGUACUGUGGUUACAUUCACUGUUCUUCUCACUCCUGUAUUGCAUCUUUAUCAUCCAACCUAUUGCAAUUUUCUGCACUGCAGCUGUUGUCGCAUUGAAAAAUAAGGAUUGCAACGAUAUUUACAACAUUGUUGAUUCAAAUUCUUCAUUGGAAACCUGCAAGCAAUGGAAUUCAGAAGCUGGUAUCCUUCCUGAGAGAAACCCCACUGAUAUUAAUUACAAUAUAUACAAUUCUCCUAUGGAUCUUGACAGGAUUGUUGCUGCUCGCCAAAGGGCUCGCUAUUUACGAUUAGCUCGACCACCGACUCUUACACAACUUAAAGAAGCCAGAGACCGUAUGAGAAAAGAAAGCGUCAUUCAGCAGACACUACAAGAGUUUGUGCUUUUAAUUGUCAUGCUGAUUCUUCUGCUGUUGAUAACAUUUGGCAAAUUUUCCAAAGAUGAAUAUUACCUCAACCAAGCUAUUCGGGUGGAGUUUACAAGGAAUCAGAAACACCCUUUCAUCAAUAUCAAAACAACUGAUGACUGGUGGAAUUGGAGCUUCGGUGCCUUGUUACAUGGUCUGUACGGGGAUACAUGGUACAACAAUGCUGCAGCAAAAAGCCAGGCUGGUCCUCUUCAAGGAAAAUGCUAUUUGAUUGGCACUCCAACUCUCAGGAAAAUCCAAGUCACCAAUAACUCCAGCUGUAAUAUUCCAGAAGUAUUGUCAGGAUUUAUCCAGCAUUGUAAAUUUCCGUACACUACUAUGAUCCACAAUCCAGCUCAUUCAAAUACAACGAAGCAUGUAGAAAUUGAGCAGUCCAGCCAGUGUGGCCAAUUUAAUUGCUACAGAGGAACAGGAUCUGUGGUUAACCUCAGUAGAACAUGGGACAAGACUUAUGCAACAUUACUAACACUGAAGGAAACCGGGUGGAUUAAUCAGAACACAAGAGCAGUGAUGGUUGAGUUCACUCUCUACAAUCCUCCAACCAACCUCUUCACCACUGUGUCUCUGCUGGCAGAGUUUCCACCAUUAGGGGGUGUGCUUCCAUCAGCUCGUAUAGAGUCAGUCAGCAUUUACCAGAAGAACUCUGUUGUGGAUUAUUUCAUUAUGGCUUUUGAGCUUUUGUUCCUGGCCCUUAUUCUACUUCACCUGUACUUCCAGGUGUGCAAGAUGACUCAGAGAGGCCUACUGAGUUACUGGCAGGAGCCUUGGAACUGGUUGGAGAUUGGACUUGUCAUGGUCAGUCUCUUCUAUUACGUGUAUUACGUAUUUUACUUCAUCUUGGCUGUGGAUAUUAUUGACCAUCUUCACAGUGGAUAUUUCAAAGCCUUUGUAGAUAUGAGCUUUAUUUCUGCAUGGAUGCAGAUGAAACGCUUCCUUCAUGGUUUGAUUGUGUUCCUGCUGUUAAUAAAAAGCAUUCGUUUGCUACGUGUUAACAAGUUGAUCGCUCCUUGUGUAACAAUGUUGCGACUGUCCUGUUCCUGCCAGAUGCUCCCAAUGCUGUGUGGUAUUUUAGUCAUCCUGGCCUAUUCCUGCCUGGGCAACUUACUAUUCUUGUCGGAAUCCUAUUCAUUCAGUACCACAGUGAGAGCUUUUCAGACAGUUCUGAUGUACUUUAUGGGCAUGAGUGAAAUGAGAACACUUUCAACUCUAUACAAGUUAAACCAGCUAUCCAUUGGUGCCUACUAUGCAACAUUUUUUAUUAUUAUGACCAUUCUUUGGGCUGGACUGAUCAUAGGGAUUUUCACCUCAGUGGCAGAAGAGGCAAAGAAGUCAUCACGAAGUAAACACCUGGUGACAUUCACUGAAUUUGCAGUUUACACUCGAGAGAAGAUAAUGACUUUCACAGGAAGGAACAGAAGCAGAGAAGCAGACCAUUAUCCAACUCAAGGAAAUAACUUUUACUUAGAUGAGUUUGAAAACUUGCUGGAUGAAUUGUUGUUCCGACUGAAUGCGCUCUCAAACAGCCUCCACCACUCUCUCCCAGCAAAACCACAUCUUUUGGAGGACAGCCCAUAUGGAUUGAAUCGUGGCUAUUACUACAACCAGCGAUCUGAGAAUCACACUUUUUAUGAAAAUCAUUUGGAACAUAAAAUUUACAAACUUGAAGAAGAACUGUUUAGAAAUAAUCUGCAGUUUUAUGAACUUUUGCUACCAGGAAGGGAGCGCCAUUCUGAUUCAGACAUCACAGAUUUCAAGACUUUACGGUCCAAGCUCGAGUUGGACACCCUCCAUCAACUAAAGUUGUGCCAAGAAAAAAUGUAUAAAGCAUCAGAGAGCGCUCAAAAUGACCAUGAACCCAAGGACCCUUCAAAAUAUGUUGAGGCUGAUCUUUCCACUGCACUGAAUAAUUUUUCAUUCCCUGAUGGCAAUGUUAUAAAAAUUGUGCCUUAUAGUACUUCAAACCCACAUGAAAGAAUUUGCAAUUCUGUUUCAGAGUCUUGCAGUACUUCCACCCGCAAUGAUUCUGCACAGUCACAAGACACAUUGAGUGCUGAACAUUACAAUCUUGCAAAAUUAGGAGUCACAUUGCCCCAUGUGCUUUGUGGAAUUAAAUGCCCUGAGAAGCAGGCAGCACAGACACGCAUGCUUGAGAGUAGAGUAACUAGUCAGCAACGCUGCUCCUCAGCUAGCACAUUAGGUAAGAACCGCAAGCAGCUUAAACGGUCCCACACCACAGUGAUUCAGAUCCUUGAUAACUCCAAGGAAUUAGCAGUUGAAACACUUAACAUUUCUGAGCAACUCGGUUUUGAUCCUUCGACCCAAUGCUUUGGAAGCCCCGUUAUAAAAUCGAGCUCCAGACAACAUUCUCCGGCCAAAAUGCACCAGGAUAAAGUGCGAGAGGAGCAGAUGGGGAGUCAAAACAAACCUGUUAAAUCAACAGAAAAACUUGGAAGUUCAGUUCUAUCUUCACGUGGUGACAGUGAACAGAGUGAAAAUGAGGAUGUUCCAGACCUUCCAGGAUCCAUCAAACAAUGCUGGUAACAGAAUGCUUCCUAAUAAAAUGGAGAGCCUUCAUUCCUUAUGGUAUUCCUUAUCCCUCUUGACUUCUCAAAAAAAUUCCACUUUCAAGCAUGUGCCUCUUGUUUUAGUCACACAUGGAAAACAGAUUGGCAUCACCUUAUGAGGAAUAUUAAGUAUAUUGGAUAAAUGAGCACUCUUGGAAAAUGUUAGCAAUUGUUUUGAGAGAGCUUAAAAUUAAUCUUCACAUGGAAAUGUUUUCACGGUCCUUGAAGUCAAAACGUUGUGUGAUGUAAUUCAAACUACAAAAUAUUAUUUGAAAAUUGAGAAUCCAGUUUAUUUCAUGUCCAGGUACCACAUGUAUUGUUCUCUACCAAUAAUACCAUUUUGUGUUUUGGACUGCUUCCAGUAAGAGUUACAAUUCCUCUAUAUAAUGACUAUUUAGUACUUUGUUCCCCAUGUUCUCAUUUGCUCAAACUGAAUACCUGUGCUUUCCUCAUCUUUCUGCUCUUGCAUGCUGUUUACCUGCACAGGUCAUCCAUAAUUUACCUCCUCCAUCACCUCUAAAUAUUUUUCUGUUUACUCCUAAUUACAGUCCUUGCUCUCUCCUGUCCCCAAACAUCCAUACCUCCAUAUCAGCACAUCUACUUUCUCAUUGUUUAAAUUCACUAAUACAAUGCCAUGCAGGGGGCCCACUCUCAAAACCCUAAUCAUGCUUGUCUGGACUUUACUUAUUAAUGCUCCAUGACUAGUAAUAUUUGUCUUCCCAUUGAAAUGCUGCCAACUCUGAAACCACUGCUGCAGGUUCCCACACUCUGGUAUUUCUACAUAUGUUAAAUAGAACUUAUCUCCCAUAUGCAUUGUUGAACAUUUUUGCAUAUUGCCGUUUGUGUUGUGAACUUCAAAGUAAUUGGUUUCUUAAAUUAAUGUAGAAGAAUAAACAUUCUGGCCAAAAAUGCCUCUAAUUUUUCCCAUAAAAUUUGCAGUAAAAUGCAGGUUUUUUUGAAUUGUUGUACAUCAACACGUGCAGUGAGUUAUAUUUCUGAAACCACUUUAUCAUAGUGAAACAUCCCAAGGUGCUUCACUGUGGACUUCAAAAUAGCAAACAAUGCCAUUGGAGAUCUGAUUGUUUUGUCUGUUAUUGGAAAUCUAAAUAAAUUCCACUCCAGCAUUAGAAAUAAACGUAUAGGCCAUUAAUAGCAACUAAUUAGAAUUGUUCAACUUAUUUUAAAUAUUUUAAUUCUUUCAAAGUUUACAUUGUUAUGUGGUCUUAAUUGAUAAAAGUGAUAUUAAUCUCUAAGUAA